AUGACUGUCAAUGUGGCCACUCCGGCCAUUAACAGGACCCUCGACCAACUCGACACCGUCGAGAAACCCAAGAUCUUUAUACAAAUCCUCCACCACACCCAAGUCACAAAAGACUUCGACCUACUCAAAUUUGCCGCCGCCGCCGCGAGACAAUUGCAACAAUUCAGCAACUCAACCUUAGACACAGACACAGAUGCGCACCUAAUCUCCUCGCCGUACAAUGAUUCCGCCCACCUACUAGAUCUUAAUCGCCUCGACACCCAGAACAGACUCCUCUCGCUAGCACUAGCAUCCUUCCGACCAAUUCGCGACGAUUACGCCACAGCCGCCUAUCUUGACUCAUUCAACUGGCAAGAAGUCUUCGACCGGGUCAAAGCAUACGCAGACGCAGAAUGUCACGAAUGGACCACACAGUCUUUCUAUCUAGUUGAAUUCCGAUCGGUCCUGAAUCCAGGUAUUGAUCAGGACCGUCUGCAUGCAUUAGAUGCGUAUUCGCAUCAGGAAGCUACCACCAGUGGUGGGUUACUGAAGUAUUGGUUCGGGACGAAGAAUGAGAAAAGGCAGAAUUUGGCUACUUGUAUCUGGCGCAGUCGAGAAGAUGCGAGGGUGGGUGGGUUGGGGCCGUGGCAUGCUAAGGCGAGGGCGGCGGCGAGAGAAAUGUAUGAGAGUAUUGUGUUCACGACGAUGAAAUUGGAGAUCGGGAAUAACGUGAAGGACUGGAAGAUUGGUCCUUGGCAUGAGAGGGGCCAUGUACAAAAGCAUUGA